AUGUCCAUACUUGAGGAUGCAGUUGUUAAGAAUUUGCGAUGUGAUAACGGUUGUUUCAAACCCGGAACAAUGGCUCAAUUUGAAACUGCUAUUAAUUUGAAAUGUCCUAAUGCCAAUAUAAAGGCAGUUCCACAUAUUGAGUCCAAAAUGAGGAGGUGGAAAAAAGAUUAUGCAAUAGUUUAUGACAUGGUUAAUAAAACUGGUUUUGCAUGGAAUGAUGUACGAAAGUGUAUUGAGGUUGAUAGCAAUGAAGUAUGGCAGUCUUAUGUGAAGGUUAACAAAGAAGUACAGGGCUGGCUAGGAAAAUCGUUUCCAUUGUAUGACAGAUUGAAUGUUAUUUUUGGGAAAGACCGAGCAAUUGGAGUAGGAGCUGCAACUCCUACUCUGAUGAUGAAUGAGCCUGAGCACAUUAAUGAAGAUGAAGAUGAAGAUGAGGUGGAGACUAGUUAUCCUUCUGUUGCUCAACGGUCAAGCAGUUCAAGUACCCGGAAAAGGAAGAGAGCUGCUAAUGAUAAUGAUCUUGCUGUGGCAUUUAAAGAAAUGCUUUCUGAAUCAGUGGAUAAGUUGGGUGAAGUUUUACAAGCUGCUUUUGGGAAAGGAGUGGAUCCAAAACUUGAGAUUGCUUCAGAAUUGUCAAAGAUGGAUUUGUCUAUUGAGGAUCAAAUCAAGGCACUAAAUAUUCUUUUCGAAAAGCCACAGAAUGAGAGGACAUUCUUGUCUUUGGAUGGUGCAAUGAAAAAAGCUUUCGUACUCAUGUUACUUGGACAAAGUAACCGCAAUUGACAUUUCAAACCAACAACAAUAUAUUUUGUUAAAAGCAGCAUGCAUAUCUUUUAUUAAAAGCUGCAGCAUGCAUAUAUUUUGUUAAAAGCAGCAUGCAUAUGUUUUGGCUAUUUGGACAAACUGUUUCUUACUGAAACCAACUUGCAUUUGUAUAUUUUAUGAACUUGAAUAUGUGGUUGGAUUAUAUAAUGUAACGAUUGUAGUUGUUUUUUGUGAACCUUCUUUUAUGUUAUUGGAAAAUAUUUUGAAUUUGAUGUAUGGAAUUUACUAUUUUUCUUUGUUA